UUACACGCCUUUUCAUGACGUAGUGCAACAUCCGCGGUUCCUGGUGACGUUCCACACAGUGUCUGUCUGGUUUGGGUUUAUUAUGGCGGCGCUGAAGUGAAUGGAAGUGGGUUUCGAUUAACUUAAACGCGUUUUUUUGUGACUUGUGAGCUGCAACGAGGAUGUCGAACAGGACCGCUUAUUUCUACGAUCCCGACGUGGGCAACUUUCAUUACGGUGGUGGGCACCCCAUGAAGCCACACCGCCUGUCUCUCACACACAGCCUGGUCCUGCACUACGGACUCUACAAGAAAAUGAUGGUGUUCAAGCCGUACAAGGCCUCUCAGCAUGAUAUGUGCCGCUUCCAUUCGGAGGAUUACAUCGACUUCCUGCAGAAGGUCAGUCCCAACAACAUGCAGGGCUUCACCAAGAGUCUGAACGCCUUCAACGUGGGAGACGACUGUCCUGUGUUUCCAGGAUUGUUUGAGUUCUGUUCAAGGUACACGGGAGCCUCGCUACAGGGAGCCAUACAGUUAAAUCACAAGAUCUGUGAUGUCGCUAUCAACUGGGCUGGAGGCCUGCAUCAUGCAAAAAAAUUUGAAGCAUCUGGUUUCUGCUACGUGAAUGACAUUGUCAUCAGUAUACUAGAGCUGCUGAAGUACCACCCCCGUGUUCUGUACAUUGACAUCGAUAUUCACCAUGGUGACGGGGUACAGGAGGCCUUUUACCUCACCGACCGUGUCAUGACUGUAUCCUUCCACAAGUAUGGGAACUACUUUUUCCCAGGGACAGGUGACAUGUACGAGGUGGGAGCUGAGAGUGGCCGGUAUUACUGCCUGAAUGUUCCUCUUCGAGAUGGAAUAGAUGAUCAGAGCUACAGGCUCCUCUUUCAGCCGGUGAUCAAACAGGUGGUAGACUUUUAUCAGCCUACUUGUAUUGUUCUACAGUGUGGGGCUGAUUCUUUAGGCUGUGACAGACUGGGCUGCUUUAACCUCAGCAUAAGAGGUCACGGGGAGUGUGUGGAGUUUGUGAAGAGUUUUAAAAUCCCCCUGCUGGUGCUGGGAGGUGGAGGGUACACAGUCCGCAACGUUGCACGAUGCUGGACGUAUGAGACCUCGCUGCUCGUAGAAGAACCAAUAAGUGAUGAACUGCCUUACAGUGAGUACUUUGAGUAUUUUGCUCCAGAUUUCACUCUGCACCCCGACGUCAGCACCAGGAUAGAGAACCAGAACUCCAGACAGUACCUGGAUCAGAUCCGACAGACUGUGUUUGAAAACCUGAAGAUGCUGAACCACGCGCCAAGCGUCCAGAUCCACGAUGUUCCCUCAGACCUGCUGAGCUACGAGCGCACAGACGAUCCCGACCCCGACGAGAGGGGCUCAGAGGACAACUACUCCAGGCCAGAGGCAUCCAAUGAAUUUUACGAUGGUGACCAUGACAACGACAAAGAGAGCGAUGUGGAGAUCUGAUUGGCCAGUCCUGAAAAGGAAGUUGAUUUGGUGGAUCAAAGAGGAAGUGUGCUCAUGGUCAGAACUGAGCUCAGGAAGGGGCAAAAUAAAUAUUCAGUGGCUUUACCUACCUACCUACCCCCCCCAGAAAGAACAUUUCCAUUUCUAUAACUUGGGCUGCAAUUAACUGAAAAUAUGCUUUAACCAGUACAGUCAAAGGGUAAGUGGAGGAAUUUGAAAAGAAGUGAAAAGUAGAACCGUGUACACCACCAUUUAUUUCCAAGCACAGCAAAGGAAGCACUAACUGUUCAUAAUGCAGAAAAAAACAAAUCGGAGAUCUGUAUGUUGCCUCAAAUAGACAUGGAUCGAGAUAAUGGGGUUUUUAUGCAAGAAUAGAUGAACUGUGCUGAAGGCUUGGUAUGAUAAUCUGUCUGCUGAAUCUGUGGUUCAGUGAACCUAAAAGAACGCAGUCCUUGUUUCUGCUGUGCUGCUCUGCUGUAGCGUGUGUUCAUAUGAAAAACAAAGUCCCCAAAACGUAUGAAUUGAAGCCCCAGCCCUGAAUGUUUACCCAUAGCAAGAGCGACUCUGUUUUGCUCAGAAUAACCUGAUAGACCUGUGCCAGGCUGAGCCUGUGGAACAGAGUUCUGCACCGACAAGAGUUAAAGUGAGCAUCCUGAACACAAGAACAGGAAGCAAGAACGGGUUACAGUUACAUUGUGUAUGGAUUUUUAGAUCAUGUCCUUUGUAUUAUUAUUGUUUGUGUGACAAGGUUUUUUUUUUUUUUUUUUUUUUUGGUGAGAUGCACCACCCACUCGAUAUCGUGGGUGCCGGGGUCCAAUAAAAAUCUGCUAUAUAUCGAGAGACCCAUAGAAAAACGAAACAGGCUAACACAUACUGUACAGCCACUCCCUCGUUUUAUCAGGGGCGCCAGGGUCCAGUAUAAAUCCUCUACGCAACCUGCUUUGUAAUUUUUCCAAUAAACAGUAGCACACUGUUUUAAUUUGUACUGUGAAGGGUAAUUGCUUCUCAUCAACUUCUGUCUCCACUUAAUUUCAUUUAUCUUCCUUUCCUUUCGCGGACGUCACUGCCUUGUGACUUGUGCUAGUGCAUUGCUGCCACACGUGAACACCUCGCUGGCUAAAAUAAAAACCGCUUCAGCAAGAAGAUAUUUAAUUUGCUUUGUGUUCUUGUUCAAUACAUGUGUAUAUGAUAGCAGUACAAUAUUAAUGCUUUGUUUUUAAUUGUUUUGUAUGUUGUUGUUUGUGAUGUGCAGGACGAAAUACAACAAACAGUAAUUCUAGGUGCCUAUGUAUUGCAGCUAAGGCAUGCACAGUUAGAUUGUAAAAAUGGGGAUCCAACUCCAGGACCGCGAUCUAUCCGAAUCCGCAGUAUAGCGUUUAUUAAACUGCACCGUUGUAGGACUUUCAAA